CAAGGCGACGCUUACUGAAGCGCAACUGUGACCGAGCAACAUGGGUGCGUCGAGCAAGACGUCGGGUUGUCAUGACGCUUCGGAAACGCUUUGCCUUCGGAGGCAGCAUCGUCACCCGGGACGCACCGGCGACGCUUUCACCUGGGUAGAUUGUACGCAAAAGCCGGCUCGCCUGUUCAGCAAAAAAUGUUCCGCCGAAGCAGGCUCGAACACGUCCUGCCAGUCUACUCGGGACCGCUCGAUCAGCUUCCGAUCACACUACAGGCAAACAGGUGUCGCUGCGGCCCGCAGCGUCACCUAA